CUCCUCUCCAGCAGUUGCACAGAGUACCAUAUCAACGGUUGGUUAGCAACUGGAAGCAAACACUUUGGGCUCUCCUCUGAGAGGGGAUACAUCCUGGAGCCGCGGCCAGCGGCCAAUAUCACUGCAAGACAAUUCUGCAUCGUCACCUCGCACCUCGCACCUCGCACCUCGCCGGUCCGUACGCGCACUUUGACCCUCGCUUUGACCCACUGCUGUGGGUGGAGCUCUGGGCCGCUAAUGUUGGACAGCGUGUUACAGUAUAACGUCGUAAAGCUGCUGCAGCGGAGGCAGAUAUUUCAAUAUUCCUCCGCAUGUGCCAUCCGGCGCAGAAUCACUGCGACGCUGCCAGUUCAGAAGAUUCAGCUGGUCGACAUUGGGAACCAGCGACUUUUGCUUGAUGGCCACGUACUGCUGGGCUUCAGCAGGUGCGGAAGACUUCUGCUGAGCUACUGCAAUGAGCUUGAUGUUACUGCCACACAGUCCACUUACACCAUCUACUGCUGGUUGUUUCAAGGCCGAUCUCCUCUUAAAUAUGUUUGUCAAGAGCCUUUGUUCAGAGGUGAAACUGUGCCAGCAGACUUGCAUUUGUUGGUAUGCCAGACUCCUCCCCCAACCCAUACAAUUGUAGUGGGAUGCAGUCGCCCCAGCAGGAGAACUAGUGCAGAGGACUUUUGCCGGCCAUGUUACAUCAGCAUUCUACCUUCUUUCCCUCCUUCUACCCUCUCCACUCCAUAUUCGCUCCACUUGAAGUUUGACUUGAUGCCUCCUUUUCCUUCCUUCAUUCCUUCACUGAGCCUGCGAGUAGAAAGUAAGCUGCAUAGUAACACUGUUUUGAAUUCUUUGGCAGAUUGUGUAGUUAUCAACAGUGGUGAUAGUGUGGUGGCAUUGCAUUACCUGCUGCCAAGUGAACCAUCAGACAGCAGGAGGUUGUGUGCCACACGGCUACGGCUACAGCUAGCAUCUUCAUCAGGUCCCUUAUAAGCCCAGCAGUCUUCACACACAGUUAACCACCCGGCUUGUUGAUGAUGACCUUCCAGGGAUGAAGACCUAUCCAGCACAUGCAAUACCUGUUGAUGUCUACUGUGAAGGAAGGAAAGUGUUGGACGUACAGCAUAUUUGUGUGCAGGUGUCUUUAGAUAUGGAGCUCUGGAUCAAUGAUGAAUUGCAGACCAAACUAUUGGAACAGGGGGUUACUUACCACUCUCUUACAGACUACGACGUACAACUGGCUGAGGUGUGCCCUGAGAGUGGCUGUGCAAUACUGAUUCUAGUUGCACUGCUGGAGGCAGCACCACACAGCACGCAUUGUUCUGGCUCCUACUCUGUAGAAAUGGUAGCGUCCUGGAGCCUAUAUAAAGGAACUAUUGAAUGGUUUCAGAUGUCCAGAUUGAAACCAGCUGUACCUUCAUCUCUCACGACAGGAGCAAGAAAGUGGAGCCCUGCUGCACCUAUUGCCAUAAGUUACCACCAACGGUACUCUUGUCUUCGCUCCUCUGAUACAAGUGUGAGGGCAUUCUCCAACCACACCGUGUUUUCAGGAAAAUCUCUACGGUGCCUCCGCCACACUUUCCUUCCAGUAUCUCUAACACUGCUGCCUUUAACACACUCUUCAUCAGUACUAGCACAAAAUUGAGCAGCUCUCAUCAAUAACAACACUGCAGUAAUAAUGUGUCUGAGUAUUAUAUGACAACUGCUAAACAUCAGCAUUGAUUUUCAUCAGAUGUAGUAGUGUGAUGUUCGUCUGGAGUUGCCAUUGCCAGAAUUUCAUCUAAUGCAUGAUCCAUCAGCUCUGGCCCACCAUCACUAUUAUUUGUGUAUGAAGUCCAGAUAUAUAUACUGGCAAUAGAUGAGCUUACCCAAGUAGGGAGGAGUUGAUGAGGCCAGCCAAGUGCUGUUGGAGAGACUCGUCUUCCAGCAAUAUGUCCAGCAGUUGCCGCGGAGCCAAAGAGGGGUCAGGGGGGGUCACCUGCAUCUCACUGA